UCCCGCUUCUCUGAGGAAGCGAGGCCUGUUAGGUUAAUAGUUGCCUUAAGAGGUUUUCCUCUUUAAAUAGGCCUCUUGCUUGGAAGAAUUGAAAACAGCACAGUUUACAGAUGUAACAGCUUGAYCGUUUGAAAUGGAGAAGAAACAAGUUUUAAAACGGUUAUAUGUUGGAGGGCUUGGCCAUACAAUUUCUAAGGCUGAACUGGAAGAAAGAUUUGGCAACUUYGGACAUGUUUUAGAUACAGAAGUUAUUACCAGAAGAGAUGAGCAGGGGAAUCCUACCAAAACUUUUGCGUAUAUCACUGUCAGCAUUUCUGAAACAGAUUUUAAAAAAUGCAUGUCAAUUUUAAAUAAAACAAAAUGGAAAGGGGGCACGCUGCAGAUUGAGCUGGCCAAAGAAAGUUUUUUGCACAGAUUGGCCGUGGAGAGAGAGGAAGCAAAGACGCAGAAAGAAAAACCACACAAAGAUGACAAAAGAAACCUAGUAGACUCACUGAAAGAGGCUGGAAUUGUAGAUUUUCACAUGAAAGCAGUACCAGGUACAGAGGUGCCGGGUCAUAAGAAUUGGGUUGUUGGUAAAUUUGGCAGAGUCUUACCUGUUCUUCAUCUUAAGAAUCAACAGAAAAAUAAAGUUGUGAAAUAUGACCCAUCAAAAUACUGCCAUAACCUGAGAAAGCUGGAGCAAGACUUGACACCUGUAGUGCCUGUGAGCGAGCUCACUUGGCGUUUGGAAGGACRAGAUAACAGUAUAAGCAAAAAGCGACAGGGGGAGUUCCCUGUAACAGCAAAGUUGCCAAAAAAAAAGAGACAGCUGGGCAGUGAGGGUCUGAAUGGAACAAUAGGUCUCCCCUCCGGGUGUCCGUUGCAGUCAACAAACAUAAGCUUGUCACAAGGAUCAUCCCAAUCCAAUGAGUUACCUAAAUUAUUUCCAUCAAUCAGUAAAACAUCAGGAAGAGAUUUACUGUCAGAUAAAAGUAGUGUUUGUAGAGGUGUGUCUCAAAAAAGUUYAGGUGUUUCUGACAGUAGUUCUGAUUCUGAAGAGGAAAUCAGAGCAGUGAUGAAGAAAGAAAUGGAAAGACAGAAAACUGAAAUAAUUGCUGAGGCCGAAAGUGACCACUUAGAAAUUGUUGGGGAUGACUUUAAGCUAAAAUACAAUACUCACUGGUCUUUACACAAUGCASAUUCUUUGAGGAAAGUCGUCAAAGCAAGUAGCAGAGAUAAAGAGUCUAUGGAAUGUGACAAUGGUUAUGAUUCAGCAGAUACAGAUGAAAUAAUUGCUGUGAGUAGAUCUCCUGAGCUAAGUAGGAGGAAAACUACAAGUUUAGAAGAUUGUAAACAGGGAAAGCUGAGGAAAAAUAGUGAGAAAGAAGUAUUAACUAAUAAGACAUGUGUUUUGGUAAAUGGUUCUUCCCUGAAAACACAAAAUUUAAAAGAAAAUGUAGGAGGAGAAGGGAAAAGAAAAGCUAAAAUUCCUACCUCCCAGAGUACCACGGUGAGGAAUACGGAUAAGACAAGUGACAGUGAAAGUUCUUAUUUAGAGUCUGAGGAAUUGGAAUCCAAUACAAGUUCUGUGUAUGAGUCUAUGAUGCAAAACUGUUACCGUGUGGACCUUACAUUAGAUGACCUAAAAGCAUUAGCUGCUGAAAACAGUGAUACUUCAGUGGACGAUGCGGAUGGUACGCAGAGUCCUAGGGAGUGUAACGUUAAAGAAAAUGCAAAGGGCAGUGUCACAUAUAAUAAAAAACAUUCUAAAAUUCCCUCUGCAUUUAAAAAAUGUAUCUGUCCAGAUGAUAUAGUUGCUGCCAUUUUAGAGGGGGAGGAAAAUGCUGUUGAAGAAGGUGCCAAGGAACAAACUAAUUCAGGUUUGAAGUAUCAACCCUUCAGAGGAAUGGGAUCCCUUUGUGAAAAAGAGCUAGCUAAGGACAGCCCUGGUUUGAAAAAGAAGUCUUUAGGAAACUUAGAUUUUGAAUCUUCUUUUUCUUGCUCUGGGGAAGAGUCAUCUGCAUCAAAGAGCACUCCAUUGCACUCGCUUGGAGUCAGUGCUCAGAAGCAAAACGUGGGUUGUGACCAACUCGAGGAACUGUCAAAUGCUGCCACCUUGGCAGGUAAGAGKGCACAGCCUAUUUGCAGGCCACGCUUGCAAGGAACGGGCAAAUACGCGAACUCUCAACAAGACGACCAAGAGUCAGAGUGUGGAGACGCUGUUCCUAGCGCUGGUGAAAGUGAGGAUGAGAGCAGUAGCAUGGACGAUAAUGCUCCUGUGUCCCGGAAACACAUUAAAGGACAACUGAAGAGUCCAAAAUUGCUUUCAAAAAACAAGAAAAGAGAUGUAAGCAAAGAGAAUGGGAAGAUAGGUAUUCUGGAAAGCAAGAAGCUUUGGAUUCAUGCUGCUUCUUCAAAGGAGCCUGAUACAAAUAAGAAACAAUUGCAGGAUAAUGAGAGGAGGCUUGCAGCUCUAGAAGAGAGGCAAAAAGAGAGAGAAUUACAGAAGAAGCUCAUUCAAGGAGCUCUCUCAAAUCUGGAUAGCAAACCAGCAAGUGUGCAAAAACACAUCAUUUUUGAUUCAGAUGUUGAAAGUGAAUGUGAAGUAACUGAGAUAUCUGAGAAAGAUGCAACUUUGGGAAAUAUGCUUGAAAAAGAAUGUGCUCCUAAGACUUCUGGAAAGCUAUUUGAAAGCAGUGAGGAUGAGCAAGAUGGUACAGAUGACGAGAGAUUCAAAAUUAAACCUCAGUUUGAAGGCAAAGCAGGUGAAAAACUCUUGCAUUUGCAAUCACGAUUUGGCACAGAUGAAAGAUUUCGUUUGGAUGCUCGAUUCAUUGAAAGUGACAGUGAAGAAGAAGAAGGUGAGAAAAAGAUACUGGAAGCAGAAGAUGAAGAGCUGGCUGCAGAGAAGAAAAAAAAUCUGCAAAUACUGGGAAACCUCUUGAAUAUCAAUGUAGAACACUCUAAGCCAACUAAAACAGCUGCAAAUGCUAAGAAAUUCAAAGAUAUUAACRCCCUUCGCUAUGAUCCUACAAGACAGGACCAUGCGGUUUUUGAAAGGAAACCAAAUGCUACAGAAAAAGAGAGUAAAGCUAAAAGGAAGAAGAAGAGGGAAGAGAGUGAGAAGCUACCUGAAGUGUCUAAGGAAACAUAUUAUCAUAUUGCUGUGAACUUGAAGGAGUUGUUUGGAUCUUCAAAAAGUGARGCAAAAAAAACUGAGCAAAUACCCUGGGACAAAGAUGAUGCAGAGGAAUCCACUUCACUUGAGCCUCAGACUUUGGGACCUAAUGUUGGCAGUAACGCAGCUCAGGAGUCUAGUGGUUUCACAUUUUCCUUCUUUAGUGAUGUGGAUGAGUCAGCCGUAACAGAAGAGCCUUAUGUCAUUGAAACAAUAAAACCUGUAAAAGUUGCAUGGCAAGAAGAUCCACGUUUCCAAGACAGCAGCUCUGAGGAUGAUGAAGAGCCGGAAGCAUCGAAAGAUGAAGAGGACCACGAAGUAUUUUUAUCUUUGCCACCAGCAGGAAGCACUAGGCUCUUCUUUUUCUCCAAAGAUGAUGAACGAUUAAGAGAGGGCCCUAAAUUAUUCUGUAGAUCAGUAAACCUCAACGAAGAAAGAGAGACCUGGGAAGACAGACGUAGUUUAUUGCUAGAGGAAUGCCGGAAGAAACAUAAGGAUGCAAGAAGGAAAGUGAGAGCAAAACAAUAAGUCUUUCUUAUGUUCCUGUCAGGAGUGUUGUUUGUUUCCUCUUUCAAGAAAUUAUGGGGAAAAAAGUCUUUUAAAAUUCCAGUUGUUAAAAGAUCUGGUGAGAAGAAUGUUGGAAAGGACUAUUAAGCCAUGGUUUUAAGAAGCUAUAUACUAAUUGAUUAUGUCAGUCUGACAGUUUUCACUGUUUUUUUGGUAUGUGUUUUUAUAAACAUGUUGUUUAAAUGUGACUUGCUCCUUUGAAAACUUCUUGAGGAUUUGAUCAUGUAAUGAGGAAUACAUUGGGAUACCUUGCUGUGUUCUCGGGCCCUAGUGCUGCGUGGGCUUGAUGGAGCAGGACAGGCAGUUGCACCUGUAAGACGAUGUAAACUGUAUUYGGUUUAAUGUAAUAAGGAUCCCGUCCAAAGUUCAUUUGCAACUGUUCAGAAUGCUUUUUUCCCACAUUAAAAGUUUACCUGAAAUUUUUGAAAAUAUGUAAAUAUUAAAGGCAUAU